UGGAGGAGAGAAGAUGGCGGAAGCGGAGUGAGUGACUUGCUGAUUUAAGGACAACAGUACAGCUAUGGAUAGUGAACCAAACCCAGGAACAUCUAAUGUAUCAACAACAACCAGUAGCACUACCACCACCACCAUCACAACUUCCUCCUCUCGAAUGCAGCAGCCGCAGAUAUCUGUCUACAGUGGCUCAGACCGACAUGCUGUCCAGGUAAUUCAACAGGCAUUGCAUCGCCCCCCCAGCUCAGCUGCUCAGUACCUUCAGCAAAUGUACGCAGCACAACAACAGCACUUGAUGCUUCACACUGCAGCUCUUCAGCAGCAGCAUCUAAGCAGCUCCCAGCUUCAGAGCCUUGCAGCUGUUCAGGCAAGUUUGUCCAGUGGAAGACCUUCUACUUCCCCCACAGGAAGUGUCACACAACAGUCAAGUAUGUCUCAGACAUCUAUCAACCUCUCCACUUCUCCUACACCUGCACAGUUAAUAAGCCGUUCCCAGGCUUCCAGUUCUACCAGCGGCAGUAUUACCCAACAGACUAUGUUACUAGGGAGUACCUCCCCUACCCUAACGGCAAGCCAAGCUCAAAUGUAUCUCCGAGCUCAAAUGCUGAUUUUCACACCCGCUACCACUGUGGCUGCUGUACAGUCUGACAUUCCUGUUGUCUCGUCGUCAUCGUCAUCUUCCUGUCAGUCUGCAGCUACUCAGGUUCAGAAUUUAACAUUACGCAGCCAGAAGUUGGGUGUAUUAUCUAGCUCACAAAAUGGUCCACCAAAAAGCAUUGGUCAAACUCAGUCAUUGACAAUUUGUCAUAACAAAACAACUGUGACCAGUUCUAAAAUCAGCCAACGAGAUCCUUCUCCAGAAAGUAAUAAGAAAGGAGAAAGUUCAAAUCUGGAGUCACGAAGCACAGCUGUCACCCGAACAUCAAGUAUUCACCAAUUAAUAGCACCAGCUUCAUAUUCUCCAAUUCAACCUCAUUCUCUAAUAAAACAUCAACAAAUUCCUCUUCAUUCACCACCUCCCAAGGUUUCCCACCAUCAGCUGAUACUACAACAGCAGCAGCAGCAAAUUCAGCCAAUCACACUUCAAAAUCCAACUCAAGACCCACCCCCAUCCCAACACUGUAUACCACUCCAAAACCACGGCCUUCCUCCAGCUCCCAGUAAUGCCCAGUCACAACAUUGUUCACCAAUUCAGAGUCAUCCCCCUCCUUUAACAAUGUCUCCUAGCCAGUCACAGUCAGCACAGCAGUCUGUAGUAGUGUCUCCUCCACCACCUCAUUCACCAAGUCAGUCUCCUACUAUAAUUAUUCAUCCACAAGCACUUAUUCAGCCACACUCUCUUGUGUCAUCAGCUCUCCAGCCAGGGCCAAACUUGCAGCAGUCCACUACUAAUCAGGUACAGCCUACAGCACAGCUGAAUCUGUCAUCCCAUCUUCCACUUCCAGCUUCCCCUGUCGUACACAUUGGCCCAGUUCAGCAGUCUGCCUUGGUGUCCCAAGGUCAGCAGAUUGUAUCUCCAACAUCACACCAGCAAUAUUCAACCCUGCAGUCCUCUCCAAUCCCUAUUGCAACCCCUCCACAGAUGUCGACAUCUCCUCCAACUCAGAUUCCACCACUAUCCUUGCAGUCUAUGCAAUCUUUACAAGUGCAGCCUGAAAUUCUGUCCCAGGGCCAGGUUUUGGUGCAGAAUGCCUUGGUGUCAGAAGAGGAGCUUCCAGCUGCAGAAGCUUUGGUCCAGUUGCCAUUUCAGACUCUUCCUCCUCCACAGACUGUUGCGGUAAACCUACAAGUACAACCACCAGCACCUGUUGAUCCACCAGUGGUUUAUCAAGUAGAAGAUAUGUGUGAAGAAGAAAUGCCAGAAGAGGCAGAUGAAUGUGUUCGCCCAGACAGAACCCCACCACCACCCACUUUGUCUCCAGCAGCUAUCACUGUUGGGAGAGAAGAUUUAACUUCUGAACAUCCUUUGUUAGAACAAGUGGAAUUACCUGCUGUGGCAUCAGUCAGUGCUUCAGUAAUUAAAUCUCCAUCAGAUCCUUCACAUGCUUCUGUUCCCCCACCUCCACUUUUACUUCCAGCUGCUACCACAAGGAAUAGUAGUAAUACAUCUAUGCCCAGUUGCAUUCCCAGCAUGGAAAGCAGACCUCCACAGGCUAUUGUUAAACCACAGAUCUUGACCCAUGUUAUUGAAGGCUUUGUGAUUCAGGAAGGAUUGGAACCAUUUCCUGUGAGUCGUUCGUCUUUGCUAAUAGAACAGCCUGUGAAAAAAAGACCCCUUUUGGAUAAUCAGGUGAUAAAUUCUGUGUGUGUUCAGCCAGAGCUACAGAAUAACUCAAAGCAUGCAGAUAAUUCAUCUGACACAGAGAUGGAAGACAUGAUUACUGAAGAGACAUUAGAAGAAAUGGACAGUGAGUUGCUCAAGUGUGAAUUCUGUGGGAAGAUGGGAUAUGCUAAUGAAUUUCUGCGGUCAAAACGAUUCUGCACCAUGUCAUGUGCCAAAAGGUACAAUGUUAGCUGUUCUAAAAAAUUUGCACUUAGUCGUUGGAAUCGUAAGCCUGAUAAUCAAAGUCUUGGGCAUCGUGGCCGUCGUCCAAGUGGCCCUGAUGGGGCAGCAAGAGAACAUAUCCUUAGGCAGCUUCCAAUUACUUAUCCAUCUGCAGAAGAAGACUUGGCUUCUCAUGAAGAUUCUGUGCCAUCUGCUAUGACAACUCGUUUGCGCCGGCAGAGUGAGCGGGAAAGAGAACGUGAGCUUCGGGAUGUGAGGAUUAGGAAAAUGCCGGAGAAUAGUGAUUUGCUACCAGUUGCACAAACAGAGCCAUCAGUAUGGACCAUUGACGAUGUCUGGGCCUUCAUCCAUUCUUUGCCUGGCUGCCAGGAUAUCGCAGAUGAGUUCAGAGCACAGGAGAUUGAUGGACAGGCCCUUCUUCUGCUAAAAGAAGACCACCUCAUGAGUGCUAUGAAUAUCAAGCUAGGCCCAGCCCUAAAGAUCUGUGCCCGCAUCAACUCUCUGAAGGAAUCUUAACAGGAACGUGAGACUUUGUGUUAACAGCAGUUUUACUCUUCUCAAACAGACUUGUCAGGUAAAGACCCAAGUCUGCCUAGAAUAUUACACUUACUGUGGUGGAUAGCCAAGCACAUUGGGAUCUCUGCAGCAAAUGAAUGUUGGCAUUUCUUCUAUAGAUACAUACAUUUUAAUAAUUGGCCAACAUUGGUGAAAUAAAUUUUAUAGGUUACAUGCAAGAGUGAAAGACUUGUUAUAGAGGAUCAUGAUAUUUUUCAAACAAACAUGUUGUACUAGAUAAUUUUUUCAAAGGUGAUGCUUGCAUUAAUAUAAAGAAUCAUUUUAAAAGUAA